AUGCUCGGCGAAACCAAGCAAAAUGGUGCAUCAUCAUUCGGAACUGUCGAGUCCGGACAUGAAAACAGUAUCCCUGACACUGCUGGAGACCCCCAGAGUGCGCAUGGUGUACCUAAGAGUACCUUGGGUCUUGCAAUGGGCGAACCAGUUACUGAUAGUGCAGUCAUUCUUGCAAAUGAGACAACCGAAUCUUCGCCGGAGAGUGUAUUCUCGAGCUGUAAUCAGUCCGACGAAACACACUUGACAUCUGAAAACGACGAGUCAUGCAGCGCUGAUAUUGAUAUCGGUCAGCAUAUUAAGUCGAAAAAGAAGGUUCAGGCACGCAAAAGCACGGAGCCACAUUUCCGAUCUUGGGCCAGAGGGAAGAGCCCCAUGGGACCGAAUUCCAAGGCUUACGAGACCAUCAAUCAGUGGUGGAAGAACCGUGGCCUAACAUUCAGGGGGAAUGAUGAGCAAGAAAUGCACACGCGAGAUCACUAG